AUGGCUACUUAUCAAGUACUAGACAUGCAAGAAGAAGGAAAAUUACAUAAAGGGCCUUGGUUCGAAGAGGAAGAUGAGCAAUUGACUGCCAUUGUUGCGCUUCUAGGGGAGCGGAGGUGGGAUUCGCUAGCAAAAGCAUCAGGCCUGCAGAGGAGUGGCAAGAGUUGUAGGUUUCGGUGGCUAAACUAUCUCCGUCCCAAUCUUAAGCAUGGUCAUAUAAGUGCAGAGGAAGACCAAAUCAUUAUUCAACUUCACAAGCAAUGGGGUAACAAGUGGUCAAGAAUUGCUAGAAGGUUGCCAGGAAGAACAGAUAAUGAGAUCAAGAAUUACUGGAGAAGUCAUUUGAGAAAGAAAGAACAAGUUACAAUUGGUACUGCAAAUUUAUCUGCUUCCAUGCAUGUUUUUACUGCUAUUGCUUAUGUAUAUUUUACUGACUGAUGUUAUAUAUA